GCUUAUUGAUCUCGUUUGUUCGAUAUGCUCCGAUUGUCGAAAUCGAUCCGCUCCCUCGGGGAAAAGAAAAUUUUACGAAUCAUGUUUCAUCGCGGCCGCACGAUUUAACUCGCGAGUGUCGGCGGGACUGUCUUCGACCCUUUCUUAAUCGUGAGACUUCAUCUGCAUCAAAGGAUUAAGGCGCGGUAGGUGGCGAAGGAGGUGACGAGGAUGACAAGGAGAAGGAAGAGGAGGCCGAGAGAGAGAGGCAGGAGGCCAUUAGGGAGGCCGAGGAGCGAAGAAAGGAGAAACAUCGUAAAAUGGAGGAAGAACGAGAGAAGAUGCGGCAAGAGAUCAGAGAUAAGUAUAAUAUAAAGAAAAAGGAAGAGGUGCAAGAAAUGCCACAGGAAGAGCCUAAUCCUCUGAUGCGAAAGAAGAAAACACCGGAGGAACUCGCGGCCGAAGCUGAAGCCGAAGACGAAGAUGAGUUUACCAAAUUGAGAAAUACGAUAGAAACGCAAGUGAAUGAGAUCAAGUCGCAAAUUGAAAGUAAGUGCAGCCUCCAAUGAGCCUAUUGCAUCGCGCGGUUCGCGAGAAAGAUGACGACGACGUCGUACGUUAUCAUCGGACUCGUGUCCGCCCUGCUACUCGAAGGAGCAAUGGAGGAAGGGGUAGCGGAAGAGAUAACGAAGCAACGAGAAAGAGGAAAACUGAUACGUGGAGUCACCAACGUUGGAACGCCAUCGUCGUGCCAAUCAAUCGGAGAUCAAUUUCAACAUUCGAUUGGUCGAUCAUUGCUUAAAGCAAAAUGAACGACGAAAAUGAGCCAGAAGAUAACCCAAGGAUUAAAAAAAAAGGAUUCUUAAAAGAUUUUUCAUUGCCGUCACAACUUCGGAAAUCGAAAGAAUCCUGUCGAGGAUUUUAUCCUGCUUAAGAUUUGACGUUAAAAAUGACAGAAGAAUUAUUAUCUUUUACGCAGAGAAACGUUAAACGAACUGAAAUUGAGAGAAGAUUACUAACUGAGCAUACAAAAUGAAAACCUAAGAAUGGAUUCAAUUCUAAAAGAAAUCUUUAAGAAACUUUAAAAUUUAAUGCUGGUAAAAUGUAUCGACAAUUCCAGUAAAUUCAAAUGUAAUCAUCCAUUACAGGAACCUAAUAAUAAAAUAACUCAAAACAAAUAUAUAUUACAAAUAUUUCAACCAAAGUAUUAACUAAAUGAACAGCAGAGCAUGCUGUUAAAUUUAUACAGUAAAUACCAGAAAAUCAGAAGACAAAAUAAAUCCACAGAAUAAGGAAUGAGAUUAAAAGAUGCUUGUUGAGAAAAUACAAAAACCAAUUCUCUCGAUACUUACGACGAGCAAAUAAACUUCGAAUCCUUAAAGACGGAAGAAAUUCUCGACAGAUGACCUGAUGUUCUUCAGCGCAAAACGAAGAGAUCCAGGCAUUGACGACAUUGAAGAGAAAUAAAAUUAAUCACCAAAAGAAUUCGACACAAUGAUUAUUUUGAAAAGAAGCACGAAACAAAAAAUAGACACGGUAUGUCUUUUGAAAGAAUGAAGAUCGUGUAGCUAAAUAUCGCGGAGAAGAAUUAGAAAUCCAAAAGCUUAAGCUCAUUUGAUUCGGAAACAAACAAUAUGAUAAAAGAAAAGAAUAUGUGUAAAAAAAACAAAAGGAGAGAUGACUGAAAUAUUGUCGAUCGUCGAUGGUGUUCGUGAAGGGAAAAUUUAGGGGGUAAAAAACGAUGUAAUCGACGAUGAAGAAAAAAAAGGAAAAGAGAGAGAAUGCUGACUCGACCAGAGUGUGAUUUUUUUAUGUAAUUGUUGCAGUUAAAACGAAGUGUGAAGUGAUGUUGUUUUAUAUAGGAUAAUUAGGUGUUCUGUAGAAUGUGUUUAGAUGUAGUAUAGUUUAUAACAAAUCAAUUAUCUGGUAUGACGAGUGAGGUAUCUAACUGUAGAUACUGAGUUAUUUUCUAUUUAUAGUUGGUCUAGGUAUUCUAUAGUUAUAUGGAGAAUUUUUGGCGCAAUUUGGUGAUUUAAAAACUAUUACUUACUACAACUAUUGAUUAUUACAGGAACUAAUGAUUCACUCUUUAAUUAUUACCAGUAUUAAUGAUUUGUUUAUCUAGAUAUUUUAUGAAAUAUCUAGUUAUUCUGUAUUUCUGAUGAUCUAGUAUUGCGAACGCUUCAGAUAUGUUAAUUGAUUCUCGGAUGGGGAUAUAGUAUAUAGAAAUUUUUAGAAUGGUCUCAGAAAUUUUUUGAAGAAAAUUCAUCGAGGCUUUCUAAGUUUCGUAUCCGACGAUUAUAAUUAUAGAGUCUCACAGUUGCCGUACGACGAUUACGGUUUUUGCAUACCUAGCUAGGAAAUAACAAGCGUGAUUCGUGCGGUGACCAAUUAGCUUCUCAUUUUUCCGGAAAUAAAAGAUACGUAGCAGGAGGUGCUUCUUGCUACGUGCAACUAUAUUGUUGUUAUUAUGGUCUGUGUGCAAGUCGGUCAGACAUCGGCUGUCAAAUGGGAAACUUCGGAAGCAAUUACAUAUUCGAAUAUGGACCUCGAAACUUCCCUAUUAGAUGGUCAAUUAACAGCUCCAACGAAUGCGUCGUACAAAAACUGUACUAUGCUUUACAUUGCUGCACUUAUAGUCUGACUGUCUUUAUUUUAAUUGCUCUCCUCUUCUAUCAUAUUUAUAAAUUCUUCUUAUUUUAAAUAAUAAUUAUUGCUGCUUUUGACUGUAAAACUAUGGGUUGCUAGCUAUAUAUAAACUUCUUUAAUCAUGACGUAAAAAGGCAAGCUGUAACAUCGUGUAAAAUAAAACUUAUUAGUAAUCCAACUAAAAAUUGGCCUCAAAUGCAAAAUUACAAUACAAAACUAAUUAUAUAAGAGAAAAAUACAAAAUUAAAAUUUUUAGAAUUAUAAAAAUGUAAAAAUUAAUGAGCGAAUAUUCGAGAGUGACACUAUUAAUAAAAAUCAAGAAGUAAUAAUCUUACAAAAUUAUAUAAUUCUGUCGUCGAUUAAUCAACUAAUUAAUUUAUAUCGCCGAUGCUAAUGUUAGCAAGCAUAUUGAUUUUCACUAUUUGUGACCAAUGUCCGAUUUAUAUCCACUCUUAGUACACAUACACACACACAAUUAUUAUACUACUACCAUUAUAUACUGUUAUAUUCACUAUGGCUUCACAGCAUAUUGUCUUUUCAUAAUUGAUACAAGUGAAAUAUAAUACAUUGAAUGGACAAGAUGUGCAAUAAACAUAUCAAAGCCAGCUAUAUUUACGCGUUUAGUACGUUUAAGUUCAAUUUAUUGAUAAUAAAUUACAAGUGAUUUAAAUCCACUAAUCUGAUCUAUAAAGUACAUGCAAUAUUGUUUUAAUUGGUUAAUUGAUAUGAUAAUUUAUUUCUUCGCUAGCAGUCGAUGUUUUAUAGUUAAACGCUAAUCUCUUUUUUUAGAAAUAAAAAUUUAAUUAUACAUAAUGCCGCGCUAUCUGGUCGCGCAGCAUACGACUCUCGAGAUAGAUAUACACUUGCAAAUAUCACGUGCUCGAAAACGCCAGGUGCAGGGCGGGAUAUUUAGCUUCUCUCGCUCGUUAUAAACAAUAACGAUAAAGUUUAUAUAUGUAUGUAUAUAAACAUAAAUGAAGAAAAAAGAUGAAAGAAGCAAAAAAAAGAAACGUAUGUUAGCGCGUUAAGUUUUUAGGGAAGAUUUUUCGGAUAGUGAAAAAAUAAUAACAAUUGUAGUUGAGUUAUGUAGUUGAUAGAAGUUCGUUCGACGACUGUUUUAAUACACUAAAGAGAGAAGAGAGAGAA